AUUGAAUGCCCACCGCCGUUAAACCUCAUAGAAGAAGAAGAAGAUGGGAAAUGUAGUUUAGAUGCGGAGUCUGGUGUCGCCAUCAUCAUCACGCGUGGUUUUCCCCCGAUGUUCAACCAGUGACGAUAUCCGCAGGCAUUAGGUGUUUGUUUUACGAAUAAGUACUUGAAGUAGAUUUGCUUUUGUUUCGAUUGUCAUUUUAUUUAGUUUUUUUGCCAGUGUAUUUGCUUCCAUUCAUCGUCUCCGUUCGCGGGGAACUCAGAGAGGAGCCAUGUACAACGGCAUUGGCCUGACCACGCCACGAGGCAGCGGCACCAACGGCUAUGUGCAGCGCAACCUGUCGAGCGUGCGGGCAAAGCGUCCACGGGACGAGCGCGGCGGCGAGCGAGACGAGAAGGACCGCGAGAGGCUGGAGAGCCAGCUGAACCGUCAGCCCAACGCCGAGAUCCUGGAACACCAGAGAAAGAGGCAACUGGAGGUCAAGUGUGCAGAGCUGCAGGACAUGAUGGAAGAGCAGGGGUAUUCCGCUGAGGAGAUUGAAGAGAAGGUGAACAGCUUCCGCAUGAUGCUGCAGGAGAAGCAGGAGCCGCCUUCGGCCCCCACCGAGAGACCAUUGGCGACAGAGACUCACGCCCUGGCUGCAGCCAAUCAGCAGAAGAACGACCGGCUGAAGGCGGCGUUCGGCAUCGCCACGGACUAUGUAGAUGGCUCCUCCUUCCAUCCGGAGCGCAAGGAGCGAGAGAAGGAGAAGAGGGAGCAGGAGAGGCUGGAGAGGGAGAAGCAACAGCAUCAGAAAUAUGCGCUGGUAGAAGAGUCAGAGGACUCUGACUCCCCGGCCCGAAAACAGAGCCGCAAGAAGAAAAGGAAGAAAAACAAGAACAGAGACAGCUCAGAGAGCCCUUCCCCCUCUCCUAGACGGGUGAAAAAAACGAAAAAGAAGAAAAAGAAAAGGGACGGGUCGGAAGAAAAGGACGACAAAGAUAGCUCCUCAGACGAGAAGCAGGCGUCUAAGAAAAAACGCAAGAGAAGUGAAAAUGAGACUCCGCCCCAGAGUAAGACACGGCGCCAUAGGAGUGGGUCCUCCAGCUCUGCUCACAGCCAAUCCCCUGCCCCGCUGAGAGAGAGGCAGAAGAACCAGCCUGUCAAGAGAGCAGAGGAGGGGAGAAAGGGGCUAUCUCCUGACAGGAGGGGGCGUGGUCGCGAGGACGGGAGUCCACAGCGUUCGGGAGGCAGAGCGAGAUCUCCCAGGUAUCCCAGCUCCCCUGAACGCCGACCGAGGGCAGACAAGGAACGGGAGAAGGAGCGACUGAAGGACAAAGAGAAAGGAAGAGAGAAGGAGCGUGAGAAAGUGAAGCCUACCAGAACGAGACACGACUCCUCUUCCCCCUCUCCUCCUCGACUGGAACGAGAGAAAGGCAGGCGCUCCAGAAGUGGAGAGAGGGAGCGAGAGGAGAGAGGAAAGGAGAGAACAAUGCUGCAGAGGAGCAGACACGAUUCUUCUUCAUCCCCCUCUCCACCCCCGAAACAACUGGACACCAGGAAACAGAGGAGCGGAAAGGACAAACCACAAAGACGAGACUCCUCGUCUCCCUCUCCAGAAAGAGAGGGAGCAAGGAGAGGAAGGAGCGGAGAGGGGGAGCGAGGAAAGGAAAAUGCCCGAGCCCCAGCUGACAGAGAGUGGGGGAGGGGGAGUGAGAAAGAAGGAUCUCCCCCUAGUCGGAAAAGUGAUGGCGGGAGAGGUAGAAACUCAUCCCGCGACUCCACAUCCCCUGUCCCUCAGUCACCUCUCACCAAUGGACGACAGAAAGAAAGGGAGCAUGAGGGAAGGAGAGGGAAAGAGAGGAAACCGGAGGAGAGGGGGAAAGAGAGGAAACCGGAGGAGAGGGGGAAAGAGAGGAAACCGGAGGAGAGGGGGAAAGAGAGGGAGAGGGAAUUGAGCAAAGAGAGGGAGAAACAAGAGGAGCAGAGGAAGCGGGACAUCGAAAAGGAAAAAGAGAGGGAGAGAAACCGAGAUGGAGGGAGAGAGCGCGAGAGGUCCGGCAGACUGUCUUCUACCCAACAGCCAUCUACCUGUUUGACUGAAGACCUCCGCGCAGAGCGAGAGGGUGAGGGGGAGAGGGGGGCAGGAGAGAAGGAGAGAAAAAGACAAGCAGAGGAGGACAACAGGCGGGAGAACAGAGACCGAAGCAUGCAGGAAAAGGAGCGAGAGAAGGAGUUGGAGAGGGCAAAGGAAAGAGAGAAGGAGAAGGCAAAGGAAAGAGAGAAGGAGAAGGCAAAGGAAAGAGAGAAGGAGAAGGCAAAGGAAAGAGAGAAGGCGAAGGAAAGAGAGAAGGAGAAGGCAAAGGAAAGAGAGAAGGAGAAGGCAAAGGAAAGAGAGAAGGAGAAGGCAAAGGAAAGAGCGAAGGAGAAGGCAAAGGAAAGAGAGGAGAAAGCGAAUGAGAGCAGCAGUAGCAGCGGGAGUGACAGUGACAGCUCUUCCUCAUCCUCCGACUCAUCCUCAUCAUCAUCAUCCUCCUCUUCUUCCUCGUCCUCCGAGGGAGAGAAGAAAAAGGGAACCGUGGUGAAGAGCAGCCCAGUGAAAAAAGCCCUCCCCGCUCUCAUCUCCCCUCCCACUGUAGGUGCUGCCUUCCAGAGGUAUCUGGCCAAUGGGGGCAGAGAGAGCGCUUCAGAGAGUGACGGACAGAGAGCUACCGGGAGAGAGAAGGAACGUGAGAGAACAGGAGGGGACAGGUUCAUGCCCCCUGAAAGGGAAAACCCGCCUCCUGCUCCCCAAAAAGCUCCUGUCUCCCAACUCCCCUCUGCUGCAGAGCUCUACCCCCCCACAGACAGAGAGAAGGAGCGAGGGAAGGGACAGGAGAGGUACAGCCCCACCGAGGUAGAGAGCUCCAGCCCUCCACCCUCUCCUCCCAGAAGAGGAGCCCCCCAAGGUGGAGACGAGAGGUACUCCCCCACUGAAGUGGAAAGAGAGAAGGAACGAGAGAAGGAGAGAGAGGGAGGGGUGAAGAGCCAGGCCAGGAGGGCAGAGCAGUACAGCCCCUCUGAGCAUGAGAGCGAGUGGGAGAGGAAGAGGGCGCCCUCCCCAAAAGCCCCCGCAGCAGCAGUUGUCCCGCGGCCCUCCCCCCCUCGCCGCACCCCCCCACGGCAGUACCAGGACCCCCCCACUUGCUCCCCCAGCCCCCGACGACAAGCCGCCACCCGGAGAGCCUCUCCUCCGUCCCGCUCCCCGACUCGCCACUACGCCCCACGGCGGAGCCGCAGCCGGGAGCUAGAGCACAACCGAGAGAGGCAGAGAGCGAGGGAUAGAGGGAGGGACCGUUCCAGAGACAGAGGAGCAAGAAGGAGCAGGUCGAGGAGUCCCAGAAGACGCAGUCCCCUCUACAGGUCCCGGCGAUCCCCCUCUCCCGUUCGACAAAGGAGAAGCAGUCACUCGCUAUCCAGAGAAAGGCAGAGACACCAGGAGAGAGAGAAGAAUAGAGAGCUUGAGAGGGCGAGGGAAAAAGAGCGGCAACGUGAAAAAGAGCAAGAGAGGCGAGAGCGCCAACCUCUUAAAGAGGUCCCCCCACCCCGUCGCUCACCCUCUUCAUCUUCUCGUUCUUCUUCUUCCUCAUCCCCAUCCCCAUCCCCCUCUCCGGCCCGAGAGAGAAAGGAGCCGCCUGUAGAAAAGGUGAUGAAACCAGCGGUAGAGAAAGACCGAAGAGGUGAUAGAGAGGAGCGAGAUAAAGGGGGAGACAGAGGAAGGAAGGCUUGUUCCAUCUCCUCACCGCUCCCCUCCAAGGAGACCAGUCCCCUUCCCAGCCAAUCAGAAAUCAGAGCCCACCCCAAAGAAACACGGCACUCUGACCCGCCCCGCUCCAGGUCUCCACAGGCCCUCAGCCAUUCAGAGACCAGAGUCUCUCUACGAGAUGCCUCGAGGACCCAAUCACCUGCGGUGCUCCCCUCAAAAGGCUCUGCCCACCCCACAGACCGACCAGUCAGGACUGAAAACGGUGUGAGCGAGAAGGGGGUCAAAGAGAAAAAGAAAGGAAAGAUUAUCAGCCCCAGCUCAUCAUCAUCCUCAUCUUCCUCCUCCUCGUCAUCUUCCUCUUCGUCUUCAUCAGACAGUUCUGACUCUGAUGCAGAGCAAGGAAAAGCAGGUGCCAGGAUAGCGGCUGCCCAUAGCUCUUCCUCCUCCUCCUCCUCCUCAUCAUCCUCUUCUGAAAGCGAGAAGGAAGACAAGAAAAAGAGCCCGGCGCGACCUCACAGAGUGCCAGCUGAUUCGCUGAGAGACUCGCGCUCCCUCAGCUACUCUCCACCCAGACAGAGGCGACCUGCACAUUCCCCACCCACCCGCAGGAGUGGCAGCAGGCAGUCCCCAAGCCGAUCUCCAAGCAGUCGGAGAGGAAAAUGACCCUUCACUCUGAAAUGUAACUGUAACUUUCCCUCCCCCUCAAUCCUCAGAUUUUUCCUAAACACUUCUGGGCUGGUUUGAACUGGAAUGUACCAUUGGAUAUUAUAGGGAGGGGGAAGUUAAGGACAUUUGAUCUGUGAAUGACCGAGUGAAUUAAGCAUUGUUGUUGAUUCUGUGGCAUGAGGAUAGCACCACAGGAAGAGAGAGGCAGAAUAUGAAACCCAACAGAGGCCAAGAGGUCUGCUUUUAGUCAAGGGUUUCUGUACAUUUUGUUUUAUGCUGUACUGUAAGGAAGAAAUGUAACUGUAAAUGGUAGGUGAGAGUCCGUGAUAGGAAAGUAACCUCUGUGCAGACCCAUACAGACUGGAGUGAAGCAUUCCAGUAUCAAAACACACACACGUGCACACACAGUCCUAUUAAAUUAUCUCACAACAACAAAGUAAUGUUCACUGCGCUUUUUCUGCCCCUCUGUAUUUGCGCAUUCUACAUGUAGAUAUGACUCAUCUGUAUUUUGGUUAUCGCCGAAUGGAUUACGUGCUGUUUCCAUAUAUGUUGACUAGAAACUGCAACUCUUGGUUUGUUUCUCUUUGUGAAAAUAAAAAGUUGUAUCUUCA